AUGUCUGAAAAGCAACAGUAUUUCGACUCCUCAUCGUCUCAAAGCAAUUCAAAUACAUUGAGCCGUCCAGUGCGCCGUCAUUUAGUCAAUGUAUAUCUCACAUUAGCUGCUAUGUGUGCUAUUGCAACCGCAGGCACGCAAGUAGGCGACUAUCUCGGCGCAGCAGGUUCGCCUAUAGGUACAUUGGGCGCAUUCACCAGUGUUUCCAUGUUUCGGUAUACAGCGCCGAGAAGUCGAAAUCGAUGGGCUUUGUUGGCAGCGUAUUCUAUAUUCAGUGGCAUCGCAUUGUCAACUUUUAUAUCAUUCUUUCUCAACUGGGAUCCAUCAGGCAAUAUCAUCUUUAUGGCAUUGUCAUCUGCUGUAUUGAUCUUUCUAGGCUUCUCGGGUAGCGCUGUCAUGGCUGAUCGUCGUAGCAUGCUGUAUGUGGGUGCCUUUGCUAGCAGUGUCUUGAGUGUGCUGUUGUGGUUGUCGCUCGCAAAUUCAUUCUUUUUGAGAUCCACAUCUAUAUUCUCUCUGGAACUAUACGUUGGUUUGUUGGCAUUUGCAGGAUUUGUCAUGUAUGAUACCCAAAUGAUUGUGGAACAUGCAAGUGCUGGAUCAAUGGACAUACCUGGACAUGCCAUGGAACUGUUCAUGGACCUCUAUUCUUUGUUUAUUCGAUUAGCUCAGAUUCUGAUGAAGAAGGAAAUGGACAAGGAAAAUGAAAAGAGAAAAAAGAGAGGGCCCAACAGACUUAGAAGAGAUUACUGA